AGCACCGCGUAUCCCCAUCCUUUUAUUAUUUGCAGCGGUCCGCAGACGCUCUCUUUUGUCGAGGUAAUUAGAUAUUACUCCAUCUCCUGCACUAUUCUGGAGGGGCAUGUCUGCCUGGAAGCACCUGCGUUGCCUCUUCAGCUUCUCCGGCGGUGGUCCAUGACCACCUAGUUAACUAUCUACUGUCGUUGCUAACUAACUCAUGCUAGUGAUCUAGAGUAGCUACGGGCUCACCGGAGCUUUGUUUGUGGUUGAAUCCCUCUUACAAGAUGCCGCGAUCUACUACCUCUGUUCCCCAGACAGACGAUGAAGAGAACGAUUAUAAUGGAGAGCCGACACGAGGACCGAUGACAGCCCCUCCGUCUCCUUCCUUGGAGCGGAGGUUGUACAGUCGAUUUGCAGACUUCGAUGAUGCUGGCAGUCGUUCUACAGCCAUACGGGAGGAUGUGGAUGAGACGACCAGUCUUCUUGGGAGCGGACGUCUAAAUCCCCGGGGACACACGCAGCGAUCGUAUACCGGUCUCCCGCAAGCUCCUCGCCCGGGUUCCUUUUUCAGACAUAACAGUGCUGUGGGCAGCGUUCGUCGAUCGAGGAACCACAGCCGUACGAACUCUCAGGCGAUACGGUUCAGUCGGAGUGGCAGUCCAGUGAUGACGAGGCGGCAAAGUACCGCAGAUAACUCGAAGGACCCCAUGAUGAGUUCCUCUUUCCUGGAUGAACGGGCAUGGUACGAUCAGUUUACUUCGACGGACUGGGUCCACGACAGUAUCUCCGACGGUAUUCGUCUCCGAGAGCUCAGAAGCAGGAGAGAUGUCCGUGGACGAUUACUGGCCUUGUUCGAUAGUGCGCAGGGUUGGAUACUUGUCGCAGUGACGGGAUGCAUUACUGCCGCUAUUGCAUACUUUGUGGAUGUGAAUGAGAAUUCCAUUCAUAGCCUCAAAGAAGGCUUCUGUACGUCAACAUGGUUUCUUAGCAAGGCCAACUGUUGCAAGGGCGAGGAACAAUGUCACGCAUGGCGGUCUUGGUCCCAGAUUCUAACGCCGUCGGGGGUAGAGGACCAACGAGUGGACUUCGUGAUGUUCGUAUUUUGGGCCACUGUACUUGCAACGGCAUCAUGCUGCUUGACGCUACUCACCAAGACCGUUGUUCCUUCUUCUGUCGCGCUGACGACGCUUGAUGAGAAUUUGGGAGCUGACUCCCGUCGGGCAAAGAACGGCGAAACAAUCGACGACCCCAAGUCAAACAACAGUCCGACCAGAGCAUUAACUGCCAUACAAGGGCGUCCAGACAUGGUCUACUAUUCCGCGGCCGGCAGUGGGGUCGCGGAAGUGAAAGUCAUAUUGAGUGGCUUCGUUCUGCAUGGCUAUCUGGGAUUAAAGACUUUGAUCCUCAAGACGCUGGCCCUUAUCCUGAGUGUCUCAUCGGGUCUCAGCUUAGGAAAGGAAGGCCCUUACGUCCAUAUCGCCACGUGUGUGGGCAACAUCUGCUGUCGCAUGUUCUCGAAGUACCAUCAGAAUGACGGGAAGAGACGCGAGGUACUGAGUGCCAGCGCUGCCAGCGGUGUCGCUGUUGCCUUUGGUGCACCAAUUGGGGGUGUCCUUUUCAGCUUGGAGGAAGUCAGCUAUUACUUCCCCCCAAAGACAUUGUUCAGAACAUUCUUCUGCUGCAUAGCCGCUGCUCUGUCUCUGAAGUUCCUUAACCCCUACGGCACGGGUAAGAUCGUUCUGUUUCAAGUGCGGUAUGUGUCAGACUGGGAGAUGUUCGAGAUGAUACUCUUCAUUGUUCUUGGUAUCUUAGGCGGUGCCUUGGGGGCACUUUUUAUCAAAGCUUCCAGUCUGUGGGCGCGUUCUUUCAGACGCAUACCCAUUAUCAAGAAGUGGCCCGUCCUCGAGGUUGCCCUCGUUGCUCUGAUCACGGGUAUUACCAGCUUCUGGAAUCGUUAUACCAAAUUAGCCGUGGCUGAGCUGCUCUUGGAACUCGCAAGUCCAUGCGGCAAGAAUGAAGAAGCGCGGACGGGGCUGUGCCCUGACGAGGACGGCAUCAUGGAGGUCGUACGAUAUCUACUGGUUGCAUUUGUCAUAAAGAGCCUGUUGACUACAGUCACAUUUGGUAUCAAAGUCCCAGCAGGUAUCUAUGUGCCGUCCAUGGUUGUCGGUGGUCUUAUGGGCCGUAUCGUUGGCCAUAUUGCACAAUACUUCGUUGUCAAAUAUCCAACCUUUUUCCUUUUUGGAGACUGUCCGAAUGGUCCGGGGAUGGAAUCUUGUGUGACACCAGGCGUUUAUGCUCUCAUAGCUGCUGGUGCAACCAUGUGUGGUGUAACACGGCUAUCGGUCACCUUGGCUGUUAUUCUGUUUGAAUUGACAGGCAGCCUGGACCAUGUGCUUCCUUUCUCGAUUGCAGUCCUCUGCGCAAAAUGGACUGCGGACGCUAUUGAACCGAUGAGCAUCUAUGAUUUAUUAACCGAUAUGAACGACUACCCUUUCCUGGACAACAAGAUGCAUCCCUUGUGUGAUGCCGAACUGGGAGAUAUCGUGCCUCCAGUGCGACAGAGUCGUAUCAUCGACAUCUCGAAAUCUCCUCUGGUGCCCGCUCGGGAACUGAGAGAGAAGCUCGACCAUCUGUUAGUGGUUGGCGAACUUGACAGCGGUCUGCCCAUAGUCCGAAAUGACGUGCUAGUCGGAUUGAUACCUGUCCCCGAUCUUGAGUUUGCACUCGACAAGCUAAAGGACGAGGAAAGUGCCAUGUGUAUCAUGUCGGCAGAUACUUCGUGGGCGGCAUUCGACAGUGACGAUGACAACAGGCCCGGCCCUGCCGAUUUCACGCCCUAUAUUGAUCCGGCUCCUAUUGCUCUCGAUAUACAUUCCCCCGUCGACUUGGUUUACCAGUGCUUUGUCAAAUUGGGCCUGCGCUACUUAUGCGUCCUCCAGGAUGGACAGUACGCCGGGCUCGUCCAUAAGAAGACAUUCGUCAAAUUCAUGAAGGAACACGAAGAGUCUUAACUGCAUUUAACUCAUUCGGUCUAGAAACGUGCAACAUGUGAAUCUUGCAACUGUUGCUUUUUGGGGGGCUAGUUUCUGUUACUGCUAGCGUGUCAUUUUCUUGCUCAUCGACAUUAUGAAUGAUGAAUCAUUUGCCAUACAUCGGGUCAACUUCCUCGUCUUUCUGUUAUUGCAUACCACU